AUUUAUCUCUUCCCUUGUUUUCAAGCCUCUUUUCAUAUUGAAUUCUAAAUAAAUAUCUAUCUUGGCACAUACUCUCCCUUGUAUUGUGUCUUGCCCAUAAUGGAUUUGGGUGCUUCUACGCUCCUGUGCCCUCCAUUGGAGCUCACAGAUAAGAAAGAACAUGGGGUUUCUCCAUCUGACUCAUCUUUUUUUAAAAAACAACCCAACAUUCCUAUGGAAUUCAUUUGGGCAAAAGGGGAAGUGGGUCAUGCUCAUGAAGAGCUCAGAGAGCCGGUGGUGGAUCUUGAGGGGUUCUUUUCAGGUGAUGAGGUGGCUACACAGCAUGCUGCCAUGCUUGUUAGGUCAGCUUGCUUGAACCACGGCUUCUUCCAAGUGAUCAACCAUCGGGUCGAUCCACACCUCAUUACUGUUGCACAUGACCAUAUGGAGGCAUUUUUUAAGCUGCCAUGGUCCAAGAAACUGAGGGCUCAGAGGAAACCUGGUAGUCUAUGGGGUUAUUCGGGUGCCCACGCUGAUCGUUUUUCAUUGAAAUUGCCAUGGAAGGAAACCUUAUCUUUUGGUUUCCAUGAGAAUGGCUCUGAAUCUGUUGUGGAAGAUUUCUUCAAGUCCACCUUAGGGGAAGAAUUUGAGCAGACAGGAUUAGUCUAUCAAAAAUAUUGUCAAGCGAUGAAGGACUUGUCCCUCGUCCUGAUGGAACUUUUAGCCAUCAGCUUGGGAGUAGAUCGCUUACAUUAUAGAAAAUUCUUCGAAGAUGGUAGUUCUAUAAUGAGAUGCAACUACUAUCCACCUUGCCAAGAGCCAGGCCUCGCCUUUGGCACAGGACCACAUUGUGAUCCAACCUCCCUGACCAUUCUCCAUCAGGAUCAAGUUGGAGGCCUUGAAGUCUAUGUGAACAACAAAUGGAGGACCAUCCGCCCUCGAUGCGAUGCCCUAGUUAUCAAUCUUGGUGACACAUUCAAGGCACUAUCUAAUGGAAGAUACAAGAGUUGCCUUCACAGGGCUGUGGUGAACAGGUACAAGGAGAGGAGAUCACUGGUGUUCUUCGUGUGCCCUAGAGAGAACAAGGUGGUGACUCCCCCACACGAUCUUGUUUGCAGAGAAGGGACAAGGAAGUACCCGGAUUUCAAAUGGUCAGAUUUGCUUGAAUUCACACAAAAGUACUACAGAGCUGACGAUGCUACCCUCCAAAACUUUACCAAAUGGCUUCUAUCCUCCAAUCCUCCUAACCACCACUAGUCUACCUCAUUUUCUAUCCUCCUUAUCUACCUAAUCUCUAUCUUUGGUGUUAUUGGUUCGCAUCUUAUCUUCUUUUGAGGGGUUUAUUAUAAACAAUUCCCCAAAUUAAUCAAAAGUGGCUGCUCAUGUCUCCUUUGAAAGGAGUUUCUCUUAA